GCCACAACAAGCCCCAGACCCAAGAAGGGACCCCCAGCAAGUCACAGCCCGUCAUUAGCCCACGAUUAACAACCGGACUUUCUCGUUUUGGUGUUUCAGAGACUCGACAAUCCCGGUGCCCUCGAGGUGGUCUGACCGACUAAGUUUUAGCUGGCCACUUAACAAACAGACCUGAGUUACCAGAAUUGGGCCAUCAUAGAACCUCAGCCACGGAUGCUACAAAACACAACUGGAUACUCAAAAGUCGAGCGUUGUUUUAAGGCAUCGAGGCAUUCGAAUGUAACUUCUCCUAGACCGAAUCUCUCUUCUUUUUCCAUAAAGCCUAGAGAAUGAAGCGCUCACGCGAACCUGAAGAGGGCCCCCCUGAGGAAGUCGCAGUUGCGGGCCGAAACACAGCAGUAGCCGCUGUGGAUGGCCAUGGAGAGUUGAAAAACAAUAACAGCGGCGGACAUGUUUCGCCGCCUGCCAAGAUCGCUGGGCUUGACUUUUCCGAUAACGAUGGCGACCGAAGUACCAAGAUGCAUUGCUCGCUUCCUCCCCAUAAGGAAGCAGUGGUGUUCUCAUCGUACGAUGCGUAUGAAGCCCAUUACAGGGACCAGCACACCAACCGCUGCGCUCAAUGCCGCAAAAACUUCCCGUCUGCCCACCUCGUCGGCUUGCACAUUGAGGAGACACAUGACUCCUUCGUUCAAGUGCGAAGGGAGAAGGGAGAGCGUACUGUAAGUCCUGGUAUCCCUCUCACGCCCGCGCUGCCCCAGUUAACCGAUGCCCUGCUGCAGUACUCGUGCUUUGUGGACGGCUGCGACAGAAAAUGCAGCACACCACACAAGCGAAAGAUGCACCUCAUCGAUAAGCACAUGUACCCGAAGAAUUUCUUCUUCGCCAUCACGCGGGAAGGUAUUGACGGCCGGCGGUCUCUGCUACUCGAAGACCGUGGCCCUGGCCGUCGGCACCAGAAACCAAGCGCCGCAGCGGCACCAUGCCCGAUGUCGUCGCCGCAAAACCACAAAGGAGACGAACCAGAGGUCGUAGAAAAGCCAACUGCAGCAACAGAUGGCCAGCCGACGACAGAACUAGGACAGAAGAGCCCCGAUCGGCAGCCAGACCAGGAUAUGGAAGAUCUGUCCAGCGCCAUGUCGUCACUAAAGUUCGUUCCCAUGAGCGUCCGGUUUGGGCGUGGUGGAAAGGCCGGGUUCGCCAAACGGUGAUCCCCUAUCUGACGACAGGCGCUUAGCUUAAUGUUUUUUUUGUGUGCCAUUAUUUCGUAGCCCCAAAACCCCAGCCAAAACCGGCUAGUAAUAUCACAUCUUGCACCGACGAUUGUCUAUCCGCCAGCCCAAGCAAAAGUGUCCCAGAACCGGGAACAAACCCAUGGUAUCAUUGUCGUAGCCCACCCCCACCCCCACACACACAAGUCGCC